UGGCGUCUCGUACUUGAUCUUAAUAUUGAUGCUCAUUUUUUUAAUUUUAGUUGUUUUGAUUUGACUGUUGAUUUGACUCGUUUUCGUUUUAUCAGCAAUAUCGACUUGAGCAAAUUAUCAUGGACAAUCAAUUACUAUUUGCUCUUUGCAUUCGCCUAUUGAAUGAACAAAGUUCUGCUGAUGAAGAGGAUGUCUCUUGGAAAGCUACUUUGUUGUUAGCGCGAGGAAAGCGGAAAAAAUCUUUGAACCGAAUCAUUGAAAUUUAUGCCAGAAAGGUCCAAAACCGUGGAAUUAAACACGCAGUUCCAAACUUCACGCUCAAAAUAUUUAAGUGCUACCUUGAGAGGAAUGACGAGGUUUUCAGGAGCCACUUCCGACUUCACAUCACCACCUAUCAGAAGCUGAUUUCAUUUUUAUUCGAAGAAGAGAAGGUGCAUGGUUGGUCUCUUGAAAUUGAGCUCAUGAUUUUUUUGUAUUGGUUAGCAACUGGUUGUUCCUAUCAUGUUGCUAGUGCUUCAUUUGAAAUGCCUAAAAGCACAAUUAUACGCAUAAUUCAUAAGUACCUAAAAAUGUUUGCUUCCAAUUUGAAAAAAUUUGUUAAACUUCCAAAAGCAGAUGAAUUGUCUGGUAUUGGAGCAGGAUUUUGCGCUUUAGCUAAGAAUGAUUGUUUUAAAGAAGCAGUGGGGGCCAUUGAUGGUUGCCGUGUAAAGAUUGCCAAAGUGCCAGAAGACCAGGCAGGCAGUUACUUUUAUAAAGGUUCACACAGCAGUAACUUUCAAGCUGUUGUUGACCACAAAGGUCAUUUUAUUGACGUGUUCAUUGGAUACCCUGGAAGUGUGCAUGACUCGAGAAUUUUUCGCAACAGCCCUUUGUUUGUCAAUCAAACGUACCCACCUAGAGGAUAUUAUUUGCUAGGGGAUGGCGGCUACCCCUUACUUUCAGCCCCUAUUACGGUGAUUAUUCCAUUCACUGCGACACAAAUUAAUGCCGAUCAGGCUCAGGGAGUCUUUUUUCAUAACUCAGUCAUGAAAACUAGUUUUAAUGCUUUGCAUUCGAGGGCUCGAAGUGUUGUUAAAAUAGCUUUUGGAAGGUUAAAGGCGCGAUGGAGAUCAAUUUUUUUGUAUAAAUUAAAAGUACUUUAUACAAGAGUUCCGCAAGUAAUUGCUAGCUGCAUUGCACUGCAGAAUUUCUUUUUAAACUGUGAUGACAUAUUUGAAACUGAAAUUUUGAAUGUCGAUGAAGAUGAUGGUAAUGGAAAUGUUGCUGUUCGUCUUCAGGACCAAGACGUUUCUGGUGAAGCUUUGCGUCUGACGAUUGCAGAAACGGCAUCAAGGCUCAUUUUCAACGGUCACUUAGCAAAUGACCAUUGUUACAUUUAAUGAAAUUAUUGACUAUAAUUCUGUAUUGCUUUAGUCAAUUUUUGUCACGAUGAAUAAGAAUAAUUUGAUGUGUUUUUUUUUUUAUUUUUUAUAUAAAUUUAUUUUUGUAUGAAUAAUUAAUUUUCUAAUAUCAAUAAAAUGUUUCU